AUGACUGUAUCGGUCGCCACCCGAGUGAUCCCGGGCCAGGGACCCGCAUGUGAGAGCAACUUCACCGUAUCGUUCUACAUCCCAGCAGAACACAGCGCUAACCCUCCAGCUCCUAGUGAUUCUAAUGUCUUCUUUAGUACCAUCCCUGCUCAUCGUGCUUACGUCAAAUCCUUUGGUGGUUUCGCGUCUCAAGAUGACUGGAUCCAGGCUGGUGCUGAAUUAGGCCGUGCUCUCGACGCGUCACACCCAUACGAUAGUUCUUACCAUUACACGGCUGGUUAUGACAGCCCUUUUACCAUUUUCAACCGACACAACGAGGUCUGGUUCGUCGCAAACUAA